GUUUAAACGAGAGUACGAGAGUACCAGUCUGUUCUUCAUACCUUGCACUCUCGAUAAAAACUAACGCCAAUAGUUCGUACGUUCGUCGUGCCCCAUGACAGUUGCUUAUAAAUCGUUGCAUAGAAUAGGCCGGUGUUUUCCUGUCAAUAAUAUGCAAGCACAAUAUUAAAUAAUUCGUAAUAUAUUAUUAUUACAUAGAUAAAUAAAAAGAAAAUAAAAAACCCUCCCUCAUCCGUGUAUUAGCGUCCAAAUCGAAUGUAAACGAUUCCUCGUCGGGCCAGGAAAUUUCGUAGUUUCCAUAAACCUACCAAAGUAACCUAACUAAAGUGUGUUAUAUUAUAAUUCGGAAGAAGAUGGUGCUUUCGGAAUGUUACGGAUUCGUCAAGUAUGCGUUAUUCUGCGUGAAUAUUGUAUUUUCGUGUGUAGGUCUAGGAGCAGUUGUUAUAGCACUAUGGAUGUUAACAGAGCAAACGUUCCUGACGUCCCUGGCUGAGGAACAGCAUAAUCUCAACGCCGGCUUUUACAUCCUGUUUGCAGCCGGGUUCCUGAUGCUGGUAGUCGCUGUACUCGGUUGCUGCGGCUCCUCCCGUGAAUCUCGAUGCAUGCUAGUCGCUUUCUUCAGCUGUCUGUUGGUGCUUAUCGUCGCACAAAUCGCGGCUGGAACAUGGUUGCACGCCAACAGCAAUCGCCUCGAGGAACUGGUCAAGUCUAACGUGAUAAAUACCGUUAAGAACAAAUAUGGCGAAGACUCUGCUCAUACAGAUACUGUGGAUACUUUCCAAUCAGAAUUGAAAUGUUGUGGAGCAACCGGUCCAGCAGAUUGGACAGGUAGCAAAUACGCGACCAAAGACCCCUCGAAUCCUGUCAGUUUAACCGUUUCUGAGGACGCGAAUAACGAGUACAAAGUACCCGAAUCCUGCUGUAAAAACAGAAGCAGCAGUGCAUGCAAAGCAGAUCGGAAAAUUAAAGUGGCCGGUGUAGUUAAGUCGACAAUUUACAGUGAGGGCUGCGUAGACAAGCUAAUGGAUAUACUGAACAACCAGAUGGAUGUAGUGAUUGGCGUGAUCUCUGGUGUAGGCAUUCUGGAAUUUUUUGGACUGACAUUUUCUAUAAUGAUGUGCUGCACAAUCGGUUCUUCUGAUAGGUACAAAGCUUGAACGUAAUACGUUGUUAGGCGGCGAUGUAUGUAUAAUCCUUCCUUAACGCCACAUAUCGCCCUGUCACAAUCUUCUAACCAGUAUCGCGAUAUUUGAUCUCUGUGCCGAUCCGUGUGGAUUUCAGGUAUCUGUCCGUAGUAUCCGACCGGAAUGAGAAAGAAGCUUCCCAAGCUGGAAUUCUACUAAAAUGAGGCUUCUGUUUUAACGUUUAAAUCGAAUCUCUUGCAUUAACAAUGUUCUGAAUAUAUGAUUUCAGUAUUGCGUACUAUUUGCGUAUUCUUCGCAAGAUUUUUAGACAUUGUAUUAUUACUAUCCUGCUCAGGGAGGAAAACUAUCGAUUUUUUACUCGUGUAUUUUAUAUGUUCGUGAUUUAUAUUUGUACACGUGUACAGGAUGAUGUUAUCAGUUAGUAAAUUAAUCAAAUUUCCCGUCACAUGAGAUGCUAAUUUAUGAAUCACCCUGUGCAUUUGUACUCUUUAAUAACACGUUCAUCGAUCCCGAAAUUAUUUUUAUAAUGAACUCACGAACAGUACUUAUGAAAUCACAGUGGAAACGUUCAGUUUAUUGUCGAGGAAGGUGUAUACAAAGAAAUCAAUUUUUGUUUUUCCUUUUACUGCCAAAUGCUCUUUUCAUCCGUAUAUCUUUUUCCAUGCUAAAGACUUACGCUAAAUGAGCAUUUAAUAUUUCACAGAGUACCUAUAUGAUUUACAUUUUUGUUAGGCCAAAGUAGUAGACCAAACUAACGUUAAUGUGUUAAUGAAGCAAAGAACGAAAGAGAGGGAAAGAAAGAGAGAGAAAGGGCUGAGCUGAUUGGAUUUCGCGUGAGCAAUAAAGAUGUCGAUAAUUCUUUGUUGCAACUGGUAUAUGCAGGAAGAUAUACUUACGAAUUCUCUCAAACUUUGUUCUAUUCUCCAGACUGCCGUAAAAUAAUUUUAUUCUUUUCGUGUAGGUACAAAAUGUUCUCAUUGUGGCACAACUCUUUUUAUAUUCGUUAUUUAUCAUGUAUUUUGGAAACAUUUUUGAAGUCCUCUUUGACUUUUCACUCCACUUUUUCGAUUCACUUUUACAAAAGAAAUAAAGUGAACUUGAUCAACUUAAUAGUAAUUUUUACAUGAUUUUUAAUAUAGAAAUGAAUUUGUAAAAAUUAAAUAAUCAAAGAAAAAUAGAUAUGUUAUUGGUGUAGAUUGACAAAAAAUUAUUUUGGUUUUUUUAAUAUUAUUUUAUUCAAUAUGAUUGAAAAGUAGAUUGAAAAGUAACUUAGGUUGGCCAGGUUUCAUAUAGAAUUGUAAUGGGAAGUUAGUCCAAAAUUAUUCAGUUGUUGCCAAUAUACUAGUUUUAACAUACAUAAGUAUAUAAUAUAUAAAUAUAUACAUAUAUUAAAUAAUAAAAAUGCUCCGAGGAGAUCGAUCUGAUAAUUAAUAUUGAUGUCCAAAUGAGAUUAUAUUAUUACAAGAAUGCUACUAAGCGAUUUUAUCUCUUGUAGCGUUAUAGUCUAUCUAUGUUAUCUUUAAAGCAAAAAGAAAGUGGCAAACUUUUAAGAGAAAAAGAGAUGAGAGAGAGAAAGAGGACAUAGCUAGACAGAAGCAACUAAUUUUAUAAGAAUUAGCUCGUUACUGCGAAAAUUCAUGUGAUCUAUCUUAUCGGUGUUCGACGCUUUCUGGAUACAAUAGUUUUUUAACAAGAGAUUUUAGCAAAUGAGGUUAUUAAUUAUUGAAGAAAUUAUUUAGCAGUGAAUCAAUCAGAGAUAUAAAUGUUUUAUUGUAGAAAUUGUAAAAGUAAAAUUUCAUGAAAUGUAUUAAAAAUGCCGCUCUUAAUAUGUAUAAGAUAAGUAAUGAAUCGUACGCAUGUAUAUGUUAAAAAAAUAUACUGUACCUUAAACAAAUUGAUAAUCUUACUGUUAAUUUAAAUGUUUUAAGAAGAAUUCUGACAUAACGAGUAAGAGCUGCUUUUGGGAUAGUUGUGUCUUAAUAGAGGUGAUUUACAGAUUUGACGAUGAAUUUUUAGUAAAGAUAAUGUGUAACAAUAACGAGUAGUGCAGGUGUUCGUUAACUGUCCCACUAAUAUUCAUUGUCAAAUGAAUUAAUAUAGGCUAAAAUGAAAAAGAGUCUGCACAUUUAUUCUGGUGAUGAGUAUGAUGGUACAAAGCAAGAUUGUGGAAGUAUUUCAAUUCUUUUCAUUUUGAGCAUGUAUACGUUGAGCAAAUCAAAAGCGUACAGAGUACAGAUCAUAGUAUCUAGUCUGUAAAAAUUAAAUUCUUAAUUUAUGAAAUGUAUUUCGAGUACGGAUUAACACUUUGUUUAUUACAUUUCUAAUAGAUCAACAGAUUGAGAGCCAGUAUAUCAAAGAAUUUUACUAUUUAUCAAAAUGAAAUGUAAUACCUACUUCGUUUUAUGGGAGUGUAAAUAUAAAUUUGUUGAAUAAUAUUAUUGGUAAGCAAUGUGUUAAUCGGUCACUUUGUUGUAAUAUUAUUUUCCGUGGCUCUUCUCUCUCUUCUUUUAUGCGUGUAAAAAUAACGAUAUACACAACGAUAGUGUAUAUUGUCUUUUUCAUUAACCAGGAAUUCUUACACCGAUAUGAAAUUAUAUUGAACUGAUUUUAUUGCGUAGUAUGUACAAUUUAAUUUCUAUUUUUUUUUACAACUGUCAUUAUUAUUUCGUGAAUAGUAAUAUUUAAGAAAUUCUGGUUGAAUCGAUAGAUAAUUGUCUAUGCGUAUGUACACACAUAUAUAUCUGAUGUUAUGUAUGUAAAAAUGACUAAGAAUUAAGAAUAUGAAAGCGCUUAUAUCGAGUAUAAAAGAAAAGAAUGAUUGCUGAAUGAGCAAUUAAGAAGGCGAUGUUUCGAUUGCUAUAAAUUACGGGUUUUAUAAUUUCCAAUUGUUUGUUAAGUGACCUUGUAAACCGCAAAGUUUCUUUGUCAAUUAUUAUGAGUCCGUACAAUGUGUUAGUUUAGUUUAAAUAAGCUAAGUUGAACAAAUUGUUUUAUCGUUUCGAUUCAUCAAAAUAAUUGAAUUGUAACUUAAUCCUUUGUGGUUAUAACAUUUCUAGAGACAAUGCUAUGAAGCAUAUAUUAUAAAUUCGAAUUUAAAGUAAUUUCAUUACGUCGUUCAUUAUUUGCUGAUGUAAUUAUUUUACUCGGUGUGAUGUAGCAUCUCAAUUGCGCUUUGUUGGAGGAUAAGUUUGACAAAAAUCUCUAAGAGUUAAUAAUUGUCAUUGGCGGUGCACCUAUGCCAUCGCAUCGUUUUUGUACAUGUGUGGUAAUUACUAUAAAUUCCGUCGGUCUUUUGCUUGCAUGAUCAUUCAUAUAAAAAAAGAAAGACAUCAUACGAUUUUAAUGAAAGAAAUCAUAAAAUGAAAUAAACGUACAAAAAAAAAGAAAAUAACUUAUUCGAAAAUGAAUAUAAAAUCGAGUAUACUGAUGUUACAAAGCACACAGAGAAAAAAAGAUUACAUAUUCGAGAAAUCAAAAAGAAAAAAGAAGAUAUAUUCAUACAACACGUGAAAAAUUAUCACUCGUAUAAUGCUCUUGAUUUUGAUAUUAAUAUAUUUAUAUAUAUACACACACACUUGCAUAAACGUAUAUAUACAUGAAUAUACAUAUUUUCUUACUCGUUUUUGAGCGAAAUAUUUUUAAUCUCAGUUGAUUUUACCAUUUAUUCUUUUUAAGAAUGAUUGUACAUUGUAUAUUGUAUGUUUCUUUAAAGAAAAGAGAGACACAAGAAUUUAACUUUAACAUAAUUCUAUGUAAUAUAGGAUUAUACAAUAAGAUGAUAAGGCGUACUGAAAAAUGAAUUUUUCGCAAGUAUUUCUAUUGAAAAGGUCUCUCCUGCGCAUUUUUGAAUAUAAAACGACGAAUGGUAUUACUUUUAUCAUACUUUACGAAUUAACGAGCAAAGCUAGCAUCUUGACAUAUAUGCGAUUUCUAAGUGUGCGUUCAUUUGCAAACUUAUGUAUGUUAUGCAAGUAAAUGUUAUAAAAGAUGUUCAAAAAGUUCAAUAUACACGUAAUGGAACCA